CGUUCUUGCAGCCUCAGCCUCAGAAGAGCCUCCCCUGGGCCUGCAACGUCUGACUUUUGGGGCAGCACAGAACGGGCGCUGCGUGGAGCACUAAGCACACUGAUCCAGAAGGAAGCUCUCCCUUGGCCUAGGUAUACGAAGAACCUUUUGGGCUGUUUCACCAGAGGUGGCCGCGCCGGGCGGUUGCUUUCAAGAAUGGGCUGUGCAGGCUCAAAAAGCAAGGAAAAAGCAGGCUCUCAAGUUCGAAAGCCCAAGCCAUGGAAGCACCCCACCCCCAUUACGCGGGGGGAGCUAAAGAAAAUGCGCGAGGAGUUCUGGGACACUGCGCCGCACUAUGGGGGGCAAAGGGAAAUCUGGGACGCGCUCCGGGUCGCAGCGGAGGGGGAUCCCGCGUUUGCAGAGACGAUCAUAGAAAGUGCGGGCAUCAUCUUGCCAAACGGCGGGGACCUGUCAACGUGUUAUGACGAACGAGGAGCCAAGUACGACCUGCCGCACUACGUCCUGAGUGACCCCGUCAACCUCGUGAAGGACGACACGCAUUGACACUUCCGAAAAGGGUAACCAAAUUUAGGACGCCCUGCGCGGUGCCCUCCUGCUUUGUGCCAGACCGGAUAGAACAGAACGCGCUUCUUCAGCAGAGUCCGGGCCAAACCCUUGUAUUAUAGACUAACAGAGGUCAGUGUCCAGUCGCGUAAAUAGGUAGCCGUGAUCCUGCUGACAGUGUAGGCGAAGCUCAUAAUCUUGGACAGUCAUAACGACAGCUUACUCCGUGUGGAGAUAUUCUCUACUAGGUGUUUCCCGUGUUACCAGAUGGCUCGAUUCGAAAUUGACUCAAUAUUGGCGCUUGGUUGCUACAAAGGAUGUGUGACAGACACACGCAUAUAUAGCUGUCGGGGACCUCAGAAAGAUAGUUAAAACUUGGACGACGUUCGACACGAGAAUAAAGCUUGGCCUGCAGGCCUCGUAUAUAUGAGAAGGGGGCUAGAUUGACGCCUUUUCUGGUUGGACAAUUACAAGCCUG